UUUCCAGCAUUGCUCAGCCUGGGCAGGAGAAACAGACAGCUCAUCCCGACCCCCAGGGCCAGGAAGGGCCCCGCCUCUCCCCAGACACCGCCGUGCCUCCGUGCAUUGUCCCACGGCGGCAGCACGGUGACGGUGGGAACAGCCAGCCCAGCAGCAGCAGCCGGAGAAGGCAGCGGGGACGCAGCGGGAGACCAGAGCCUGCAGCCGGUACCGACCCGAGAGGCACCGCAGUAGCAUCAGCAGCCGCAUCCCUCACCUGCCGCAGCUUGGAGACCAGUGCAAUAGCUUGUGCCAUUCAAAUACUGUUGAGAGCGACUGGAAUUGGGCAGCCGCUGGAGUUCAGCUUCUCCUUCCCAGCAAGGUCUAACAGUAUAGAAUGGCACCUGGUAUAGCAGCUGAGAAGAAGACUGAGGAUGAACAGUCCUCAAAAGAUAACUUAAUUCAUCUCUCCAACCCUCACCUUGAGAAAAUGAAAGAUGAUAUCCUGUACCAUUUUGCUCUUGGGACUGGCACCCAUGAUUUUCCUGCCUUGUUUGGAGAUGUCAAGUUUGUAUGUGUUGGAGGAAGCCCUUCACGGAUGAAAGCUUUUAUCACCUAUAUAGCUGAAGAGCUUGGACUUGGGAGUGUCGGUGCUGACUAUCCCAACAUCUGUGCCGGAACUGACCGUUAUGCAAUGUACAAAGUAGGACCCGUGUUAUCAGUCAGUCAUGGUAUGGGCAUUCCCUCUAUCGCAAUCAUGUUACAUGAGCUGAUCAAGCUGUUAUAUCACUCCAAGUGUUCCAACGUAACCAUUAUUCGCAUUGGCACCUCUGGUGGAAUAGGUCUGGAGCCAGGCUCAGUGGUAAUAACCAGUCAAUCAGUAGAUGCUACCUUCAAGCCUCAAUUUGAACAGGUUAUCCUGGGAAAGACUGUAAUUCGCAGUACCAACCUUGAUGACCAACUAGCUAAGGAAUUGAUGCAGUGCAGUAAGGAGAUAAAUGAAUUCAAUACAGUCAUUGGAAAUACUAUGUGCACUUUGGAUUUCUAUGAAGGCCAAGCCCGUCUGGAUGGUGCAAUCUGCUUAUAUGCUGAAGAAGAGAAACUGCAGUAUUUGAAGGCAGCUUAUGAUGCUGGAGUCCGAAACAUUGAGAUGGAAUCUUCAGUUUUUGCUGCUAUUUGUAAUCUUAGUGGUGUCAGAGCUGCCGUGGUGUGUGUCACACUUCUGAAUCGACUUGAAGGGGAUCAGAUUAGCAGCUCACAUGAUGUGCUUGUGGAGUAUCAGCAGAGACCGCAGAAAUUAGUGGGACACUUCAUUAAGAAGUGCCUUGGGAAAGUGUGAUGUACCCACCCCUUUGCUGAUUAUUAGCAGAAAGCUAGUAUUUCAUCUGACUUGAAAUAAUGCUCAUAACUAUAAAUGCCUAUAAAAGCUCUUUUUUACCUCAGGAUAGCUUACACCAACCAAAAUGCACAAAAGCUAAUCAUUAGUAGCUGUAUGUUUCAGUAGCAGAAUAUGCUGAAUAAUUUUAAAUGAAGAUUUACCUUAUUUAUAUUAUAUUAGAGGAUAUACGGUUUUACACUUUUCUGUAUACAGUAACUCCUCGCUUAACUUCGUAGUUAUGUUCCUGAAAAAUACUACUUUAAAUGAAACAAUGUU